AUGGCACUGGGCCAACCUGGUCUUGCCAAAGCACCUGCCCUGCAGAAAUGGAGUGACAAAGGAAUGGAUAGGGCCGGCUCGGGCUCUCCCCAGCCAUGCUACCCUGGCCAUAAGCCCGUGAGGCCGGCUAGGGGAGGCGCGGGCGCCUGGCCCAAGGCCGCCCGGCGUGGCCCGCACUCCCGAGCGGUGCCGAGUUCGCCCCGGGGCGGCGGCGGGCGGCGGCUUCGCCCCUCCUCCGGCUGGCCUAGAAGGGCGGGCGGGCGCUUUCGCUUUCCGCGGGGCGGAAGUGGGACGCCGAAAUCACCGCCCGGGGAGCGCGCGGCGGCCGGUGGGAACCCGGGCCCUGGACCUGCCAGCCCCAGGCUGGAUGGAUGGAGGCCCUGCCCGAGCCGAGCCCCGCGCAGCCGAGCCGGAGCCAUGAGCGGCGCAGGCGGGGCGGCCCGGAGGGACUCGCUCCUCUACUACUACUGCCUCAAGUUCUCGCUCUCGGCGUACGCCAUGCUCUUCUCGAUCAUAGGUCUUGUGGUUUUGUGCAUUGGCAUUUAUGCUGAAGUUGAAAGGCAGAAGCACCGGACCUUGGAAGGGCUCUUCCUUGCUCCAGCCGUGAUUCUUCUUCUUCUGGGCAUAACCAUGUUUGCUGUUUCCUUCAUUGGAAUGGUGGGCUCCCUCCGAGAUAACCGGCUGCUGCUGAAAACGUUCUUCUGGGUCCUGUUGGCGAUCUUCAUUACUGAAUUGCUGCUGCUGUUUAUCGAAAUAAUCUUUGAAAAGCAGAUGAAUGCAGUAUUUCAUUCCAGCAUUCAGGAUGGAAUAAGACACUAUUAUGAUGACUUGGACUUCAAAAAUAUUUUGGACUUUGUCCAACAGAAGUUCUCCUGCUGUGGAGGUGAUGAAUUCAGGGACUGGCACGUCAAUCCAUACCACUCAUGCAACAGCAGCGGUCCUCUGGCCUGUGGGGUGCCCUACACUUGCUGUACCAAGAAGGCCCCAGGAGAAGUCAUUAACACCUUGUGUGGAUAUCGGACUCUAAAUAGAGAGCGCCUGGAGCUGGUGGACACUAUCCAUGUCCGUGGCUGCAUCCAUGCAGUCGGCUUCUGGCUUAAAGACAAUUUUGGGGCCACAUUUGCAAUUGUUUGCUCUUUGCUCAUUCCUCAGGCAAUAGGGCUGGCCAUGUCCUGGUUGUACUGGCAGAAGCUUAACGAGAUUCAUGCCAGGCUGGACACUGUGGAUUUCAAGCUCCUGGAUAUGAGUGAUUUCAACUUUGCCUCUCUGGACCUGACGGGUGCUGGAUGGUGCUGGUGUUUGCCCCGAGAAGGUGGCUACAUUCCAGUCGGCAACAAAGAUGAUGACGUGGAAGAUGAUGCCAUCUACCAAAGUAAAGUAUGACUUUCUGAACAAUUGACCUCAAAGAGACCAUUCAAGGACUUGGUGCAGGCACAGAUGCAGGACAACAAGGUGUGGAGUGUUGUUGUUGUUGUUUUAUUUACAAGCACAAAGAGUGAUUUAUCUUUGAAAUCUCCCACAAUUUCCAGAAGGGUAUGUGUGUGUGUGUGUGUGUGUGUGUGUUAG